AAGAAGAAAAAGAUCAUGGCGGCGAUCGCAGGCUCGCCACCAGUAUUUAAACGAGAAAAUGGCGGGGAGCUAGAUCGGCCUAGCUGAGCCAGGAACGAAGAUGACUCCUUUGCUUGCCAAAAAAUGCGCCAACAGGCUGAGUGGUGGAGCCCAACCGGUGGGCGAACCAACCAUCCACUGCCGAUCCGGAGCUGGCCACUGCGCUAUCGCAGACUACAGGGUUUGUCCGUGACGAUUCCAGUCAUCACAGCAGAUGGGGGAUUUUCUUUUUUAGCUGCGUGGAGCUGGUGCUUUCUGGUGUCUCGAGGUGAUUCCGCGUUCGCACCUCGGCUAUUGCCCCCAGUGGCUGGCUUGGCGCCGAUGCCGGGAUGACUCUUCCUUAGUACUUGAUACUUAGGGCUAUUGCAUUCACCGAAGAUGUCAGCCGUGCAGCACAAAAGAGUGAACGGGAUGGCAAACAUUAUCUG